UAUUGACAUGUCUCUUCCGGUCAACACGUGUUUUAUGUUUUCAAGAUGGCUGCGUCCUUUAAGAAAACACAAGCAAAAGCUUAUCCCAAGUUUGGCGAAACUGCCACAAGAGAUUCGAUUUAUUGGAACGAUCUAACAGUUCCUGUAACCGUCAAAGAAUAUGGAGCUAUUACACACAUUGAUUUCUGCCCCGUGGCUCCGUAUUAUAUGGCAGUAACAAGUUCGGCAAGGGUGCAAAUCUACAGCCCGAAAACCUGUCAAAUCGUCCGGACAAUUAGCCGGUUCAAAGAAGCCGCCCACAGCGCUUGUUAUCGUUCAGAUGGUCGACUCAUGGUUGUAGGCGGAGAAGAAGCCCUUGUCAGCGUUUUUGACGUAAACAGCAAAUCAUCACUGCGAACAUUCCGCGGGCACAAUCGACCAGUCCAUGUCACAAGAUUUUUAUCCGACAAUGUCCGAGUGUUAUCAGGAUCAGACGAUAAAUCGACAAGAAUUUGGGAUUUGGCAAACGAAAAACAGAUAAUUAAUUAUAAUAAAGAACAUGAAGAUUACGUCCGAAGUGGAACAACGUGUAUGACGAGCCCUGAUAUGGUGCUAACAGGAUCUUACGAUCAUAAAGCUAAACUAUUUGAUACCAGAGUUUCUGAGAGUGUUCUAACAGUAGAUCAUGGAUAUCCAAUUGAAAGUGUUCUAAUGUUCCCCAAUGGUGGGAUAUUUAUGACAGCGGGCGGAAAUAUUAUAAAUAUCUGGGAUGCGUUGGCUGGUGGUCGUCUCUUAAAAUCAUUGACACAUCAUCAUAAAACAGUGACGGCCUUGACAUUCUGUAGUGAUUAUCAAAGGUUCAUGUCCGCGUCGUUGGACAGGCAUGUUAAAGUGUACGAUGUGACGACCUAUCAGGUAGUUCACACACUUGAUUACCCAGGUUCUAUUUUAAGUGUGAGUGUUGCCCCUGACGAUGAGUUGGUUGCCGUGGGGAUGACGGAUGGUUUGUUAUCUAUGCAGAGACGGAAAGAUUCCGAACCCAAAGAUUUAAAACCUGUGAAGAAAAACUCCUAUAAAUAUCAACUACAGGCAAAAACUUAUGUCGUCCAAAAAAUGGAUCAAGUUGUUCAGCACAAAAAACGUGAAAUUUUACAAAAAUAUGAUAAAAGUCUGAAAAAAUUUGAUCACAGCAAAGCAUUAGACGAGGCCCUCCAGCUUAAAAUUCAACGAAAACAUCCAGAAGUAACAGUUGGGAUAAUGCAGGAAUUAAUGCGAAGGGGAACAAUAAAAGCGGCGGUCGCAGGACAAGAACCUAAGACACUGUGCAUGUUGAUAAACUUUGUGCGUUGUAAUUUGACAAAAACAGAAUUUGCAGUGACGAUGAUGGAUAUAGCAAAUUUAAUCAUAGAAAUUUACUGGUCGACUAUUGGUCAGAACAGUUUUAUUGACAGUGCCUUAAUGUCAUUAAAAAAGGUUGUAGAUCGCGAAUUAGAACAUAUCAAAAUAUCCAUGGAAGUUUUAGGUGCCAUGGAUGUUAUCUUUGCAGCAGCGAAUUCCAAACAAUCCAACUCCACUGAUGUAGCGGUAGAACCGUUAAAAUCAGAUCUCUCUUAAAAUCGGUGCCAUCUUUUUUUUUGUUGAUAACUGAAUGAUUGUUAUAUAAAAAUAUAAAUUAAA